GUGGCGUACAACCAGCUGACUGACGCGAGCCUCGACAACGUCGAACAUCUUGUCUUCACCAAGGCCAUCACCAGGAUCAGCUUCGCGUGGAACUUAUUCACACAAGCCGGGAUUCAGCGUAUGAGGAAAGCUGCGUCAGAAAGGACCAAGUCGUCUCGAAGGAGCAAGACUCCUCGCAUCUCAAACCUCCCUGCCAUCCUGAUCGUCGCUGAUCCCGCCAGGAUGCAAAACCUCGUGGAGAGGGCAAGAAAGAACGGGCUGACCGAUAGAGUUGCGGAGGAAAUGAGUAAAGUCGACUACAUGUCGAUGUUCGUGGUGCUACGAAACCCGACGCUGUCGCACCUGUCAAAGCUACAGAUCCUCCGGAUGAUGAGCUCGGACAAGUUCCUUACAGCAGACAUGAUCGUCGAGAUACUGACCAAGUGCUUUCAUGAGGCAGAGGAGCCGGUGAAGAAGAAGACUCUUUCGGUUCUACUGCGGAAGACGCAAUAUCCAGAAGAUCUCGUUGCGAUUUCCAACGGACUGCAGAAGACAGACUUCAGCAGGCAUGAAGCCUUACAGUCUCGGUCGAACAGAAGCUUUCGCAGCACUGAUAUGGACAAGAUAUGACAUUGAGGAGCGGGAGACACUGAUUGUACAGUCACAAGAGCGAGAAGAAUAAAAUCACGAGUAAGAU